UGACCCCCCGUGCUCCUGAAUGAAGCUGGGUGACUGCGGCGCCGGGCGGUGAUACACGUGUGACCCCUUGUUAUAUUGCAGGGAGAGAGUCUCCGGCCGCCAUGUCCUUCCCAGUCCCCAAACCCAAGGCCCCGGAGCUCCCCCAACACCUGCACCGCAGACUGGCGUGUAACCAGGGGGCUGUGCGGGCCGUGCGCUUCAACGCGGACGGGCACUACUGUAUGACAUGUGGCAGUGACAAGUCUCUGAAGCUCUGGAACCCACACAAGGGCACCAUGCUGAAGACGUACAGCGGGCACGGCUACGAGGUGCUGGAUGCAGCAGGGUCGUGUGACAACAGCCAGAUCUGCUCCUGCAGCUCAGACAAAACCGUCAUCCUCUGGGACGUGGCGCAGGGUCAGGUGGUCAGGAAGUUUCGUGGACACGCAGGGAAGGUGAAUUGCGUGGAGUUCAAUGAGGAGUCCACGGUGGUCGUGUCAGGUUCUAUAGACUCCUCUAUCAGGUGUUGGGACGGUCGCUCCCGCAGACCAGAGGCCAUACAGAUACUGGACGAAGCGAAGGACGGCAUCUCCAGCAUCAAAGUGUCUGACCACGAGAUCCUGGCCGGGUCAGUGGAUGGGAGCCUGCGCCGCUAUGACCUGCGGGUGGGGGAGCUGUGUGCAGACUAUGUUGGCAGUCCCAUCACGUGUGUUAGUUUCAGUCGGGACUGUCAGUGUCUCUUGGCCUCAUCGCUGGAUUCCUGCCUUCGCCUCCUGGACAAGGACACCGGAGAACUGCUCGGAGAGUACUCCGGACACAAGAACACCAGCUAUAAACUGGACAGCUGUCUCAGCGAGAAGGACACCCACGUAGUGAGCUGCUCCGAGGACGGCACCGUCUGCUUCUGGGACCUGGUGGAGAUGCGCCAGUCCUGAAUCCUGUGGACCCUUCUCGAACACUAUGGGUACAAGACAGCGAUCUCACACCCGAAGUAUGUAGUGUCCAUAUGUAAUGACAGCAUGAGCGGUGUGUAACAACAUGGCCACUAGAUGUCGCCCUGGGCACCUAGUUGCUGUACAUCCACAGGGUGUGGACACAAUGGGACUGCUUGGCUCACGAUGCCACAGGAUGCUGGCACGGUUGUGGGAGCGCGUUGUUGCCUGCUGUGCCCCAUUUUCCCUAAAGCACAUUCCUCAUCUAGU